AUCGAGACUACCGGUGACGUAAAUGUUGACAGAUAAAAUGCAUCUUGAAUGAUAAUAAUGUUCGAUUUAUCUUUAAUAACAUGACCUAGUGACCGAGAAGUGAAAUGUCAGUUUGACUGAGAUUGGUGAGGUAAUGGAAGGUAUAUAACAUCACGGACACCUGUUAGAUAUAUCUAGACACACCAUGUUGUCAAGUUUAAUGUUGUUAUCAAGUCUAGGGCGGGAGAGUGGCAACAGUUCAACCGCUAAUCGUAUACAUCAGUAUUUAUUAAAUAAUAACUUUGCAUGUCAUGUUCGAGAUCCCAAAUCCUUUCCCACUUCCGCUGAAUUAUGCCGCUACAUAAAGAUACAUAAAAUCACCUGUUUGUUAGGAAUUCAUCUUUAUAAAGCCGGUGUUUUAUUAAAAGACUGUAAUAUACCAUAUAUUAUUAUAAUCGGAGGUACAGAUGUCAAUAAAUACCAUACAGAUAUAAAAGCUUUAGAUGUAAUGACGCAUGCUGCUGAUAAAGCCAGAUACAUGGUUGUUUUUGGCGAAUCGUUAAGAAAGAGAAUACACUAUUUAUGGCCAAAUAUAGGUAGUGAAACUAUAGUUCAAAUAAAACAAGCUGUGAUAACCAGACCAUCGACGUUCAUUUUAACUUCAUAUUUAAAAUCAAAACAAUUAAUAGAUGAAACAAGAGAUUUACAGGAUGUUAAAUUGUUUGUAUGGGUGGGUGGUAUUAGAACUGUUAAAGACCCAUUAUAUCUCGUUCAGGUCAUGUCACAUUGGCACAAAGAAGACGAAAAUAUUUAUUUCAUACUUAUUGGUCCAAAGCUAGAAGAGGAAUAUUAUGUGGAGUUUUUGAGCUCAAUUAAAGGAUUGGAAGGUGUUUGUUAUAUUCCUGGACUUCCAUCAGAUGAUACACAUGCUGCUAUUAAACAGGCUUUUGUUUACGUUAAUUCUUCUAAGAGUGAAGGAAUGUCUUUAGCUAUUCUUGAGGCGAUGCAGCUUGGUACACCGGUUAUUGGUAGAAAUAUACCAGGCAAUACAGAUAUUAUACAGCACAAUAUAACAGGUUUACUGUAUGAUACACCCCAGGAUUUUGUUCGAGAGGCCAAGCUUUUGACAGGAUCCAGCCAUAAAUAUCAACUAUUGAAGGAGGCGGCCUUAAAGCACGUGACGGAAGUUCAUUCCGCAGAAAAGGAGGAGGAUUUAUAUCUGAAUCUGAUCAGGACUUGUGUUGAAGAUAAACUUCCUGUAACGUAAGAUGCCAUUGUUUUAAGCAAUAUGGCGACUACGACUGAUCUCAAUUAAUUGUUCUAUGUAUUUUAAUGUUAAUUCUCCUCCCCCACUUCAUUGGGAAGGUGCUAGAUUAUACCAAAAACCGUGUAAACCAAACGAUACAGAUCUCGUAAACGUAAGAACAUACAGUGAUUCCCAAGACAGUUAACAUAAAAAAAAACCAUUCUUGCUAUAAUAGUUCGAAAGUAGAUGAUGUAAAAUGAAUAAUUUGAAAAUUUCAUUCAAAUUACUCUAUUGCAAGGGAAGAUAUUAGCCUUUGAAGGUUAGGCAGACGUGUGCAAUAAUUUCAACCACCGCACUGGUUGAUCGAAGCUAAGUCUCGGUCCUCCAUAUUUGAUUGAAUCAAAAUAUCGCUGAACCAUUCUAAUCUAUUUAAUAUCGGAGAAAUCUGAUGCCAUCGAGAGUUGAUUAAGGCCUGGAUCAGUUAAUUAAUUUAUAAUUAAUACUUUAGAAAACAUUUCAGGCCUAACGAAAGUUCUGCAAUGGGCAGAUUUAGCUCUUGCAUAAUGCAUGUUUAAUUUAAGAGCCAAGUUUAAAGACUUCUGGGAAACCAGUGACGCGUAUUUAAUUUCAGAGGCGAGGUUAAAAACUUCUGGGAAAUCGGUGACGUGUAUUUAAUUCAUGGGGCAAGUUCAAAAAGUUCUGGGAAUCCGGUGACAUGUAUUUCAUUCAAGGGGCAAGUUUAAAGACUUCUGGGAAACCUGUUACGUGUAUUUAAUUUAAGGGGCAAGUUUAAAGACUUCUGUGAGGAGGGACCAACAUUUAUAACUGUUUCAUUUAGUCCUGAACCUAGAAGACAGGGACGUUUGAUUCACGGUUAAUUCUAUUAAAGCAGCAUUAGGUAAGCUUAGAUAAAGAGCUGAAAUUUCAGUCACAUUGCUUCACUCUUAAACUAGAUUCAAUGUUAGGUUAGGCUCGAUCGCCAUUACUACCGUUGUAACGAGAAUAAACAAAGUCUCGAUUAUUUAUUUUUACGAUUAUUUCAUCCACAUCAAAACAUAUUCAAAUCCACUAAAUAUCACAGACUAAGGAUAGCAUCGACAGUUGAUUAUAGUCUGGAUAAGUUAAUUAAUGUCUAAUUAAUAAUUUAGGUAACAUUUCAGGCCGAUUACAGCUCUUGCAUAAUGCAUUUUUGACAAGUACAUAUCAACCUCUCUUGGAGUUCCCGAUAAAAUCGAAUUCAGACUUUAAACUAUCUAAACCAAUAACACGGAUCAGUACAAUUUGUUUUUAUUAUAAUGCUCAGGGCAGAUUUUGGACUAGGGACUGGUCCCAAUCAAUACUCAUCUUGUUGUUCUUGUUGUUGUCCAUAGGGCGACACUCUUCGAAAAAGGCCUAAGGCUCAACCUAUGUACGACCAAAAUGAACUUUGUCUAAGGUGAAGACGCGUGGUAACGCGACGUCACUUCGCGGGAAACUGUAAUCGGAGCUGAUCGGUCAAAGCCUUAUUUUGGGCGGAGUCGAUGGAAAGGUCAAUUGAAUGUCUGACUUCAAUAUGACGUCACAAUUCCAAGAUGGCUUUGAUGACGUUCAUUUUUUUUUUAGAUUUUUUGUUUUGUUUUGGUAAAUGUGUGGAUUUGCGGGGUGUAUAUCUGUCUACCUUUAGGUCCAUGCAAACGCUAAGCUGUUUUGUAUGGUGACUGAUUGGUAUCAUGUCGUGGUGUCGCCCUUCAUAAGGCGACAACCUGACAUCACGACAUCACGACAUUAUAACCCGACGCCUUAUGAAGGGCGACACCACGACAUCACGACAUCACGACAUGAUACCAAUCAGCCACCAUAGUUUUGGCUACAAUUAAGAACAAACACAAAGCUAGUUGAUCAACAUUUUAUGUCCUAAAUCGACGACUUUAGUCGAGAACACUAAGUAUACUUCGAGAAUUUUAUGUAUUAUUUAUUCUACUUCCAUUUAAUAAAAUCGAAAAUUAUUUGUGUGUAUGAAAAAUGUAAAACUGAUUGCAAAAUAGUAUACUGACUUUUGAAUAUGGCGGCCAUUUAGGGUGGGAUCUAUUUUCAAGGUAGAGAAUUGUCUGGGUGCAGUAUGUUAUUUGAAGGUUUGAAUUUAAUGGCCAAAAAUUUGUCAAAUAGAAAUGACUCAAUAAAAUUGUGCAAAUAGAAUUGACCAAAUAUAGACAUGAUCAAAUAGAAAUGUAGAAAUGACCAGAUAGAAAUGAUCAAAGAGACGGUAGGCUGUUAUGUUGAUCUACUGUAAACGUUUUAUAUUGAAUAUUUUGUAGUGGUGUCUUAUAUAUAGAUAAGGUUUACUACUAGAUCCUUAUUAUAGUUGUUUUUAUAAUUUAUAUUGUGACUAAUUAUAUAAAUCAAAAUGAAUUAGUUUUACACAUAUUGAUUAAGUGACUUUAUACACCCGUGUAUUUAUUAAUCUUUUAGAGGCAUUUAGUAACUGAACAAUCUGAUUAAAAUACAGAUCUAUAUUUCGUUUCGUUUUUUUUAUACCCCCACAUUGAAAUGUGGUAUAUAUUGGAAUGCACGUAAAAGAUCCCCUGGCAGUUGGAAUUCGAUAUAAGAGUAGGCGAUAGUGCCGCUGCCCGGGCAAAAUUUCCCUCAUAGCACACUGUAUGGCGUAUGCCCGUCUUCAUUAGCCCCGGUUAGGAGCAGAACAGUAGGACGUUAAACCCCAUUUCAUUUCAUUGGACGCUCAAGAGGCUAAAGUUAAUAUCCGAUUGAAACAAAGAAGCCUAAUGAUUUUCAGCGAUUUCGGAUAAUUACUGCCAGAGUUAUGGCCCUUGAUCACUUAAAAAAAAAAAAAAAUCUUGUGGAUGCUCUAGAGGCGAAAGAUAAUAUCCGAUUGACUUUAAAUUUAUACACAGUGUUUAAGUCCAUGAGACGAAGAAGCCUAUUGGUUUUCAGCAAUUUGGGAUAAUUAUUGACAAAGUUAUGACCCUUGAUCACUUCAAAAAAUCUUGUGGAAGCUCAAGAGGCUAAAGUUAAUAUCCGAUUGACUUUAUGCGCAGUGUUUGAGGUCAUGAGACGAAGAAUCCUAUUGAUUUUCAACGAUUUCCGAUAAUUACUGCCAAAGUUAUGGUCCUUGAUCACUUUGAAAAAUCUUGUGACGCUCUAGAGGCGUAUAUUCUGAUCCGAUUGACUUCAGAUUGAUACACAGAGGUUAAGGUCUUGAAACGAACAAGUAUAUUGAUUGGCAUCAAGGGUUUAUUAUGGUCUGGAUAAGUUAAUUAAUGUCUAAUUAAUAAUUUAGAUAACAUUCCAGACCUAAAGAAAGACCUGCAAUAGGCAGAUUUAGCUCUUGCAUAAUGCAUGUUUAAUAACGUUGAGAGUUUACCUUUCGGAACGUCGCCCAAAUACAGUAUGACGUGUUAUAGUGUAUUUACUACCUUACAAGAGCAGACAUUAUAUUUGUUUGCGUUUAGUCCAGGAGAUACUCGUUUAAUACGUCUAAUAAAAAUUUUAUACUGUUCAUUUGAUGACCAUGAGAGUAGAUAUUAAAUACUUGUUUUGAUAGUGCAUUUACUACCAUACGAGAGCAGACACAAUAUAUUUGUUUGCUUUAGUCCAGACCAUAUAAUACUUUUAAAUUUUAUACUGUCCAUUUGAUGACCACGAAAGCAGAUAUUUGUUUUGGUUUAAUCCAAAACAGGUGAUAUAAUACUUUUAUAGUUUGUACCUUGUUACUCGAUGAUAACCAUGACCAAGUUGUUAUAUUUAAUUAUAUUUAACAGUGAUUUAA